UCAAUGUAUAGGCUUAGAAAAACUAAACUGAAAGCGGUAUUGGUAUGGGAAAAUGGGAUGGGUUUGUUGCAUUUCGUAUGUUUUCUUAGCCUUUCUGUGUUUUUUCUGCAAUCUUGGAUUGAGCGCCGACAGUCUCAGACCCGGCGAAUCUGUUACUCGAAACCGGACCUUAGUCUCCGCCGGCGGGAACUUCGCGUUAGGAUUCUUCCGCCCCGGAAACUCUUCUUCUUCCUUUCUGGGGAUAUGGUAUAACAGCAACAACAACACUGUGAUCUGGGUCGCUAACAGAGAAUCUCCCCUGCCUCAAGAUUCUGAACCCGUUUUCACACUGGGAUAUGAUGGGAAUUUGCAGCUUUUGGACGGCGGCGGAAGAAAUAUUAUAUGGUCAACGAAUAUCUCAGGCGGCGGAUCCACGGCCGCCCAACUGCAAGAUACGGGAGAUCUUGUUGUGAAGCAGGGUGAGAGCAUUGUUUGGGAAAGCUUUGAUGGGGACAGCGAUACAUUAAUGCCGGGGAUGAGGCUAAAGGUAAACAAGAAAACUGGAAAACGGAACUUACUCAGAUCUUGGAUAGGCAGUGAUGAUCCCCGGCCAGGGAAAUUCUCGUGGGCAAUGGAUCCUAAAGGAUCUUCCCAGUUUUUUAUUUGGAAAGAAGGUAAACCUUAUUAUAGGAGCAUCACGUUACAGCUAGGAUUUACUUACAGUGCUUAUUUUCCCUCAGGGGGAUAUGCAUAUUACUCUUAUACUACAGAAAAUGAUGAAGUCUAUUUCAGCUAUGGAUAUGCUAACACCUUAAUUCAAGCAAGGUUCACCUUGACUCCGGAAGGUCGAAUUCAGUUUCUGUUGAGGCAAAAAGCAAGUGAUGAAUGGCCGAAACUGUGGGAGGUGCCAGCCACUGACUGUGAAUUAUAUGCACGCUGUGGUUCAUUUGGAAGCUGUGAGAGAUUCGAUUCCCACUCGGUUUGCAGUUGCUUGGAAGGGUUUAAACCGAAAUCUCAGAAAGAUUGGGAUAAGGGGAAGUAUGAUGCAGGGUGUGAGAGGAGUAUAGCCUUGGGGUGUGGAGAAGCUGAUACAUUUAUGAGGCUGCCGAUGAUGAAAUGGCCUGACCAUUCAUCUUCACUGGGAAAUAUGACAUUUCAGGAAUGUCAAAUGGAGUGUUCUAAGAACUGCUCGUGCACCGCUUUUGCGUAUGCAAAUAUCACUUCUAACUCUGCAGUGAAUUGCAUAAACUGGUUUGGCGACUUAGUUGAUUUGGGACAUAACUAUUCAUCUGGAGGUUUCGGCCAAGAUCUUUAUGUUCGUGUUCAUUCAUCUGAGCUAAAUGGGAGCAGUGGAAAUGAUCAUUCAUCUCACAAGAACAAACGUCGCCUUGUUGCAAUAAUAGUUGCCUCAGUCUCUGCAUUCUUUCUUAUUUGUGUUUUGGUGUAUAUCCUCACCUGUGGAAGAAAAGGUUGGGUUUGUAAAAGGGCUUCAGUACGUGUCAACUGCAACCCUUCUGGAAAAAGAAGAUAUAGAGUUGUUACACCUCAGUUUGCGAAGAAUAAUUGAUGCUACAAACAACUUUCAUGAAACGAACAAACUUGGAGAGGGCGGUUUUGGUCCUGUUUAUAAGGUGACCAUUUCAUGAUUUUUAAUUUCUUUAGGUUGGAAUAUAAGGUUGUGUUAUA